AUUCUCAUUCAAUCCAACACUCUCAACAUUCUCAAUUUUCCAUAACCAAACCUUCUUCAAAGUUCAAACCACUUCCAAAAUCAAUCAAACACACAACAACACCAACAACAAAAAAUCUCUCUACUACCUUCUUCAAAAAACAGAACAAUCUCUCUGUUUCAAACCCACAAAAAACAGAGCAACUCUGUUUCACUCAUAACACACACAAAAUUCAAAAUGGAGAACUUUUUUCGCCUAGUUGAUCAUGAGGAUUUAUUCUCACGCCGUUGCAUUUGGGUCAAUGGCCCUGUGAUUGUAGGUGCAGGCCCUUCAGGGCUAGCCACAGCAGCAUGCCUUAGAGAACAAGGGGUACCCUUCAUGGUUCUCGAAAGAGCAGAUUGCAUAGCUUCUCUCUGGCAAAGACGCACCUAUGACAGGCUAAAGCUUCAUCUCCCAAAGCAAUUCUGCCAACUCCCUAUGCUUCCAUUCCCUGAAGAAUUCCCUGAAUAUCCAACAAAGAAACAGUUCAUUGAAUAUCUUGAAUCAUACGCAAAGAAAUUUGAGAUCAAUCCUCAGUUCAAUUCCCCUGUUCAGUCUGCGAGGUACGAAGAGACCAGUGGCCUGUGGAGGGUGAAGACCGCCGAGGUUGAGUACAUUUGCCGGUGGCUCGUGGUGGCUACCGGCGAAAACGCUGAAUGUGUGAUGCCGGAGAUCGAAGGCCUUGGUGAAUUCAAAGGAGAUGUUAUGCAUGCUGCUGAGUACAAGUCAGGGGAAAGCUUCAGGGGAAAGAAAGUUCUUGUUGUGGGGUGUGGAAACUCCGGCAUGGAGGUUUCUCUUGACCUCGCAAACCACCAUGCUUCACCUUCCAUGGUUGUUCGUAGCUCGGUUCAUGUUUUACCAAGAGAAAUCUUUGGGAAAUCAACGUUUGAGUUGGCGGUUAUGAUGCUGCAAUGGCUACCCCUUUGGCUUGUAGACAAGCUUCUGUUGAUUCUAACAUGGUUUGUUCUGGGUAACACAAAUAGAUUGGGGCUGAAAAGGCCAUCACAAGGUCCAUUGGAGCUGAAGAACACAAUGGGAAAAACCCCUGUUUUAGACAUUGGUGCCUUAGAGAAAAUCAGAUCCGGUGACAUCAACGUUGUGCCAGGAAUCAAGAGGUUUAAUAAACAUGAGGUUGAGCUUGUUAAUGGUGAAAAGCUUGACAUUGAUGCAGUUGUUCUUGCAACUGGUUACCGCAGCAAUGUCCCUUCUUGGCUUCAGGAAGGUGAAUUCUUCUCCAAGAAUGGAUACCCAAAGAUGCCAUUUCCUCAUGGUUGGAAAGGGAAAGCUGGUCUUUAUGCUGUGGGGUUCACAAAGAGAGGGCUCUCUGGUGCUUCAUCUGAUGCUAUGAAAAUAUCUCAAGAUAUUGGUCAAGUUUGGAAAGAAGAGACCAAACAAAAGAAACAGAACAACAAUAGAGCUUACCAUAGACGUUGCAUUUCACAGUUCUAAAUUGCUCUAAAAUUUGUUGUUGUAUAAACAAAAUAACAGUAUCUUGUAGAAAUACACAUACAAAAAAUACACAAACAGAUAGCACAGAGACAGAGACAACAGAGCCCUCUCCGAAGACCCAAGUUUUUAAAGUGGUUGGUCAGUUUUUAUUUUUCCAGAAACUGAGGAAGAUGAGGCUUUUACUUUUUUUGCUUUUUUAGAAGUUUCCAUUGUAAUUCAUGUAGCUUAUAUACAUGUAAUAAGUACCAUGAGUACUUCAAUGAUCAAUUCAAUCAAUGCUUUGUUUCAACAUCA